GGCGGCAGGAGGAGGGGAGCGGGGCGCUGUGGCCGGCUGGGCUCCAUCGCGGCUCUGAAGUACGCGGUGGUCGGACUCUACCUGCUCGUGUUCCUGAUCCUCGUCGGCGUCUUCAUCCUGGCAGUCUCCAGGCCGCAGAGCUCCCCCGAGGACCUGAAGGCGCUGACGGGGAACGUGAACCGCCUGAACGAGAGCAUCAGGGACAUGCAGUUCAAGCUGCUGCAACUGCCACUCAAAAGGGACAUCCUGGACCACAUCUGGCGGCUCCAGGAUCUCCUGCAGAAUCACUCAGACUCCCUCUUCCUGAUGACGGGCUCCCUGCAGAAGCUGGAGGGGUUCCUCUGGAACCUGCAGACCCAGGUGAGCCAAACGGACAAGGCCGUGGCCAGCCUGAGAGACAGCUUGAACCAUCAGAGCGACAUGGCCCAGCUGGAGACCUACAGGCUCUCAGUGGAGGGCAACAGCAGCCGGCUGCUGCUGGAGCACCACGACAGCCUCCUGACACACCUGGCCGCCCAGGUGGAGAGCCUGAGCGACCAGCUGACCGAGGUGGGCGGGGCCGUGGGCACCAUCAACAGGACCUUCUCCUACGACGUGGGCAUCCACCACACCCGGAUCCAGGACCUGCAGGUGCUGAUCAGCAAUGCCACGGAGGAUGCCCGGCAGAUGAGGCGGAUCCAUAUCGCCAUGGAGCAGCAGCUGAAGCAUGAGCUGGCCAUCCUGAACAAUGUGACUGAGGACCUGAGGCUGAAGGACUGGGAGCACUCCAUCGCCUUGCGGAACAUCUCCGUGAUCCGGGGGCCCCCAGGACCAAAAGGAGACCAAGGCAAUGAAGGAAUGGAAGGCGAACCUGGAGUUCCUGGUUUACCUGGACUAAGAGGGCUCCCUGGGGAGAGAGGGCCUCUGGGACCACCCGGCCUGAAAGGAGACAAGGGAGACCUCGGCCCGUCCGGCCCUACUGGGAUGCGAGGAUUCAAAGGUGAUCGAGGCCAGAAAGGAGAGAAGGGAGACAGAGGUGGCGAAACAGCCGCCGCCGAGCAGGGGCUGAUCCGGCUGGUGAACGGCUCCGUCCCCCACGAGGGGCGGGUGGAGGUGUUCCACGACCGGCACUGGGGGACGGUGUGCGACGACAGCUGGGACAAAAAGGACGGGGACGUGGCCUGCAGGAUGCUGGGUUUCCGAGGCGCCGAGGAGGUGUACAGGAUGGCCAAGUUCGGGCAAGGCAUAGGGCGGAUCUGGAUGGACGACGUCGCCUGCAAAGGCACAGAGGACAGUCUGUUUCAGUGCACCUUCUCCAGCUGGGGGAAGAGCAACUGCGGCCACGCCGAGGACGCUGGAGUGAAGUGCCUCCCGCAGUGACCUCAAGGACAAGCCACCAGCAGGAAGCCAGAUUAUCCCACCGGGAGGGGGCUGUGCCGAGGGAGAGGGACACACUGAGACAUGCUGCAGCACCCACCCGUAUAUCCUUAGCCCAGCCUUUUGCCUCCGGGCUCACUGCCGAGACUGUCGUCUUCUGAUCUGCUGCGACUCCUCUCCCGGGUGCCCCACCGUCCUGGGUAAUAUUAGCACUUCCUGUAGCCUUCCCCCUCCUUCCUUGUCUGUCUCUUGCUCUCGCUUCUAGACCAAAGUUAAGGCUGCAAAGCCAUUAUCCCUAUCCCCCCCUUCUCCUUUCUCCAGCCCUGUGAUAUACAUGGGUAUUUUAACAGCACCUGAGACUCAGCGUCUUGCCGCGGGCUCGUAGGACUGGACUAUGAGACCCAUGCCGCGGCUCGGAAAGACUCCGAGGUAUAUACGACGAGGAGCAAGUGCGCUUAGGCUGGCCGGAGAGCGACGUAUUCUACUGUUUAGCUUAGCAAGCCAGCGGACCAGCCCCAGCCUGUGCGCCCUCAAACAUUUUAGCAGAGAAAUAAAUGUCUUUUUACUCUUCUCGACUUCCCCA